GACAUGAUAAUGCAAAAUGGCUUGUUAUACCACUAUUUACCUGCUAAAAAAAGAGUUUAGCAAGCCAUGCUUAUUGGAUUGGAGAUGAUCAAAUGGAAGAAGCUUUGUUUAACGCUAAUUCUCAUCGAAACAUCUGGAAACCGGAGUAACACACUCUCUCUCUACUGAGCAGAACUGCAGAAGAUCAAUCGUCUCCUCCGAUCGCCUUCCCGGUGGAGAGCUAUCAGAAUUCAGAAUUGCUAUGGCGAAACCUGCCGUGAGGCGUCACGCAGCUGCGAGGGAUCGGACCAGCCAACUCCCGGUAGAGAUACUCGACCAUAUUAUGGGACUCUUGCCUAUUCAACAAGCUGCUAAAACUGCAGUUUUGUCUAAGGUUUGGAGAGAUGUGUGGUUCAGUCUCACGCGUUUGUGCUUUGAUCAUGACUUCUUUAGUUACUUCAAUAAAAAAUAUCGGCGGGCUAGCAAAUAUGUCAAGAAAUCUUCAUGUUUGUAUGUAAUCAACAAAGUUCUGUUGCAGCACAAGGGGUGUAUCCGGAAAUUUGUCUUUCUGUAUGGUAAUGCCGGGAAACUUACCAUUAGGUCUCGGUCAUUUGACAUGGAUCAAUGGUUGCUUUUAGUCACGCGAAAGGGCGUUGAAGAUAUCCACCUUCAUUUUGGGCAUAACGAAUACAAGCUUCCGAGUUUCAUAUUUUCAUGCUCCACACUCAGGACAUUACGCCUUGAUGGGUUUUCUAUCCAACCACAAAAUUCCCCGUGCUCUUUACGGAAUCUUUCCACACUUUGUUUUGCAAAUGUUAAAUUUGUUUCUAGAUAUCUCGCAAACAACGCUCUUGAUGUUCCUAAGCUGGAGAAUCUAGUGUUUAAAUACUGUGAGGAUAUGUUUCACUUUAACAUUACUGCUAGAAAACUUUGCAGUUUGAAAGUCAAUUGUUGUUCUGGUAAGGAAGUGGGCAAAUUUCUCCCGGUCAACUUGGACUUGACAUCCAUUUGCACUCUUGAUUUGGACUAUUACACUCUCGUGUACAUUAUUGGCCAAUAUACUACAAAGGAAUGCUUGCUACAACUCCCUGCACUAAAUGUGAAACUACUCAAGCUAUCCAGUUUUUGUUUCCAUGAUGAUGCUAGGACUUCUGCAUUUACAUGCUUGCUCUGCAAAUGCCCAAAGCUAUGCAAUCUUGAAAUAAGUUUCGCAUAUCAGUGGGGAGAGGAUAUCAACAAGUGUAUAGAUGCUGAAUCGAAGCGUUUGAAAAAACUUCGUAGAGUGCUACAAACACACAAAAUGCUUCUAAUUUUGAAGCUUAGCUCGUUCUCCGGACUGAGGCCCCAAAUGCAUUUCAUUCAGGAGAUGCUUGCCUGUCUUCCCACACUUGAAAAGGUUAUCAUCAGUCGUCCUUAUAGGUUUGAUCGGAGCAAGGAACAUGAAACUUUUGAAGAAAUAUCGCAUUUUCCACGUGCAUCUGCGAAAGCUAAACUCGUCUUCCCAAGUUGAAUCUACCUCUACUAAUUCACUUUUGUUGGUGUGGUUGUAGUACUUACAGAUAUGCGAAAUGGUAGGAAUGGUAAAUUUUUGCAAGUAUGCCAAUUUUGUAUGACUGACUUUGACAUGGCCAAUGGAUGGGUUUUGAGACACAUGCAAUGGAAACUUGCUUUUAAGUGAUUUGAUAAUAAGGGGUAAAUAUCGUC